UGAUUUUUUUGGAAACAAUAAAAUAAUUAAACAUUUAAAGACUUAGCAUAUGUCUAUAUUAACAGGAUAAAUAUUAUUUUUGAAAAAGAAAUGUUUUGUUGUCAUCUUGAAAACUCAAUGAAAAGAACUCCAAAUAAAGUUUACAAAUAAGUGUUUUGGAAUGUGACAUCAUGCAAGAUAAAUGUGUAGUUUGGAAAUAUAUUUGUUGGCAUUAAUUAAAGUGUGUCCUUACUACCAAAAUGGACUCUGAAAAUGUCUUUGGAAAGCUGAUUAGCUAUUGAGAAACCAUGGGCAAUAAAAGUAGCAAAUCUGCCGACUCUCCAAAAGCGUCUCCAAAGGCAUUGAUAGAAAUACCAGUGACGAUUCCGGGCUACAGUCACCCGGAACCUCCGAUGUUAAACGUUGAUGAUAUUCGGCCUCCAAUACCGUGGUAUCAGGACGACGAGGAGGAGGACGAGUUUGAUUGGUUUAAGAUAGAAGCUGAACAAAGUCACUCAGACGAAGGAGGAGGGUUCUCAGUCGCUAGUGCUUCGAUAUGGGACACAAGGGCACCUAAAACACCAAGAUCUGUGCUAACUGCAGCCUCAUUGAUGUCAGGCCCUCUGACUAACCGUCCUGUAGUGACUCCAUCUGGGCGUCCUAUAUCCUUCGUUCAUCAGGAACGUAUAAGGAGUGUUAUAAUGAAACGUAGCAGCUCCAGUGUUUCUGCAGGGGCAGUGUCGCUGCAUAGUGCAAUUCGUCGCCCACGUACACAUGCAGGGCAUGGGGAACUGUCGUUUAUAACAAUAGAUGAACAUGCAAUAAAGGCUGGAAAGCAGCAUACACUUACAUUUGCAGCUUUGAUAGAUUACCUCAAACAACCAAUCCGAUUUCACCAAUAUUCAGACUUAAUGACAGCACGAGCAAUAAUUAUAUGGUUAGCGUACCAGAACAAGGGCAAGUCUUUAUUCGUAAAAGGUGAAACUUCAACACCGAAAGGGCUGUUACAACUUGUGGCUACAGAGAGAAUAACUCAUGCAGAGGCUUAUGCCGUUCUAUGCCGUGCGGCUGGCCUUCAGUGCGUGAUUCUUGACGGAUUUUCAAAGCCCGGUGAACUAGAACCUUUAAAUGACGAUAUCGAACUGAAACCUGACCAAUGGACUGCAGUCCAUGUAGAAGGAGACUGGCAAAUUGUACAUCCACUCUGGAUGUGUAAGGGCAUUGAAGCAUCAAGCACAGGUGUAGAGGAUUGGAUCAAUAAAGAAAAAGAGAGCAAAGGAAAAACUAGAUCUGAAGUUGUGAAAACUGUCAAAGAAAUCAUUAAAAGUUUUAUUAAUGAAGAUUAUUUCAUGCCAGCCCCUGAGGUGUUUAUUCAUUCUAAUUAUCCAAACGAUGCAAGAUGGCAGCUUUUAAGUCAAGAAUUGACAGUUGAAUCUAGAGAAGGCUUCCUUUCUCUGCCGUUCAUUUUUCCUGCAUUUUUCAGACUAGGGCUUAGAUUAGUUACUACGCCGAGCUUUGUCUUGUAUUCGAAAGAUGGAAAAUGUAAAAUAUGGAUUGCUACUGAUUAUAAUAAUGCUCACAGACUUGUUUUAACAUUUGAAUUGCAUUUAUUAAGUACUCCGUACGCUAAAUCAGAAAUUCUUAUUCCGAAUCUUAGAAGACAAGUAUUACAUUGUAGACAUAAUGAAAUGUUCUACUUCGAAAUUCGUUUUCCAGUUGAAGGUGUGUUCAAGUUGGAGAUUCACGGUGGCUACAAUAAGUCCCAUUCUAUGAAACUGUGUUAUUUUAAGUUAGUGUGUGAAAAUAGACUCUCAAAAUUCCGGUAUCUGCCGUACUAUCCCGACAAAUUGAUGUGGGGUCCAGGGCCAGUCUGCGAAGAGUACGGUCUUGUUUUACCAUCUAAACCAACCGGCAUAGUGAAGGUUUAUGAGCAACCACCGCCUCCUGCCCAAGACUUCACCUCAACUAUACAACUACCGACAUAUAAACCGAGGUAUUUCAUCUUCAAUCUCCACGCAAAAAAGUCACGAAAUUUAGACUAUACGGUGGAAGUCCAUGGUUAUCAUCCCGACCUAGCAAAAGAACUUGCUUCUCCACUAAAUGAAAAUGGGCAACUUGUAGACAAAACCAAAAAGAGAAGAAAGAAAGCAGAUGUUCAUCCUGAAAAUAACCCUGACUAUACUUUCUGUGCAGAGUGCAUUCGAGAAGAUGAAAAGAAACAGCUUACGAUAACCGUUAAUCUUCCACAUGAAGGAGAGUUCGCUUUAGUUAUAAAAGCUGCGUCACAUAGUACGGGUGCGGAUGGAAUAACAAAGAUACUGAGUAACGAAGUCAUAGUUUGUGUAUAUCUCCUUCGUACUGUAGAUGAUACGCACAGAGAGAACGUUCAUCAGAAAAUAGCGCGCAACGAACUUCAGCGCGUGAUCCAAGGAAAGAGCAGCAACGCCAUACGAAAUGCUGUGGACAAAUGUAUUAGAGUGAAAAUAGACCCAAAUGAUGACGAAAUAGCCGCUGCACAAACAAAAGCCGAAUAUCUCACCUACAGAAAAGCUGUGUUUGAUGCGAUUCAUCGGCGGAACUUUCGUGUUAUAAACGAGGAACUUUUGAAAAUCUCCAAGUAUAAACACAAGGGUGCACUAGCUACAGAAAUAAGACGUUUGUUUACCUUGAGAGAACAGCUAAAGAAGCUGUUAGAGUUUCCGAAGUACAUCCCAGAACUUAGGCGUGCUGCGGCAGACCUGAUACAUUUAGUGGAUCCACCACCAGAAGUGCAUCUUACAAUGGGGGCACUAUAUUUACUGCUGGAAGAACCCGACAAAUACAUUGAAAGCUGGGAAUACAUUGUACAUCAAUUGAAGUCAGACAAUGGCAGGCAGGGCGAAGGUCCAAUCAUUCGUAAAAUGUAUCUUAUCGUAGAAAUGUUCCCUUCCAAAAAUACAAGACGAAAGAUCCUGACCUUACUGUCUGAAUACAGCUUUGAACAAGUAAAACGGGUCAGCGUCGCUGCGGCAAAAUUUUAUGUUUGGGUACAAAAGGUGAUGGCAGUAUUGCAAGACUUGGAGUUUGACCUUGAGCUUUCGCCAAACACUGAGCAAAUAGCGGUAGAGGUGAAAGGUGAAAACAUGCAUCAGCUUACACAACCAGAGACUGCUCCUCAAACAGAAAAACAAACAGAUGUCGAUGAUAUUCUGAAAGAAGAACAACUUUAAAAUUACAGUACUGUUUUCAAGAAAAACAUUAAAUCCUUCCUACAACUUUCUGUACAAAUCCCAUAUAAGAAAAGAGUGGUCAUGCAAUCACAACCUGUUUGCAAAAAUAUACACAGGUACAAUUAUUAAAGAAAGGAUAUUUGUUUGUUUCAGUGCAAGAUUGAAAUACCUUUCACGAGUGAACACCAGAUGCAAUAUUUACAAGAGUGGCAUAACUACAAGUAAAAAUGUAAGAUAUAGUGUUCAUGAGAGAAAGAUAUUUUGAUCUUACAUGUAAAACAAACAAGGUUUCGUUUUAUUUCUUGUUUUGACUAGAUCUACAGUGAAAAUAUCAGAUAUUUUUCACUCUAAUACUUCGAUAAUUCACUGAAAAACAUGUAAUAAAGAAUGUAACUACUUACAUACUCAGGGAAACUACCGAAGCAACUUUGAACAAUUGUAUUAUUCCAUUUGUGGCGACUUUCGCUACUGUUUUAGUUGAACAGUUAUUUAAAUGUUCGCAUACGUGUAUAGUUUUCAAGAACAAAACUUUGAAAUAAAAUAUAUAGAUGUACAUGAUGUUUUGAUAUAUUUUGUAGGUUAUAUUGACCUAUAUUCCAUAACGCCUUUACAUGAUUAGUUAAUAGUAUUAUAUAAUUCUGUGGCAUCACUUAUACUUGAAUACACAAACACGA